AUGAAAGCAGAUUAUAAGAAAUAUAAGAACAUUAUUUGUAGUAAAGCAAACUACAUUGCUGUGAAGGAGGAGUUUACCAAGUAUCUCCCACAUUCGUCUAGCCGCUACCAGGUGAAACGGUUCCGCAAGGCACAGUGCCCCAUUGUGGAGCGCAUUGUGAACUCACUGAUGAUGCACGGCAGGAACAACGGAAAGAAGCUGAUGGCUGUGCGCAUCAUCAAGCACGCCUUUGAGAUCAUUCACCUGCUCACAGGCGAGCAUUUUAGAGAUGAGGGCAACUCCAAUCAGUUCCGGAGUUUGGCUGCAUCAUGGGACGGGGUGGGCUGUGCCUGUAGAUCCUGUCAGCAAAAACCCACUUCAAGUGUGUGUGACCGCCAUCAUCAACAGCGGCGUGAAGACUCGACCCGUAUUGGUAGUGCGGGUACCAUGAGGAGGCAGGCUGUGGACGUGUCUCCCAUGCGCCGUGUCAACCAGGCCAUCUGGCUGCUGUGUACAGGCGCACGUGAGGCCUCCUUCAGGAACAUCAAGUCCAUCGCCGAGUGUCUGGCUGACGAGCUAAUCAAUGCUGCCAAGGGCUCGUCCAACUCGCAUGCUAUCAAGAAGAAGGACGAGCUUGAGCGUGUUGCCAAGUCCAACCGAUAA